AUGUCAGAGUGCUUUCAAGAGACAGGGUCAGGUGCACAGAAUCGCUUGCAAGCCUGGCUGCUGCUGCCGGCUGCUGCUGCGGCCCAUGCUGCUACAUCCCUGGACUCUCAGCCACUGCCGAGAUGGUUUGACACGGCCAAGUUCGGGGUGUUUGUGCACCGAGGGGUGCUCUUGGAGCCCGCCUGGAGCCCACCCGGCAGCGAGUGGUUCCAGUGGUCCUGGCAGGGCGAGUGGAUGCCGGAUGCCGGCUAUGAGCGCUUCAUGAAAGAAAACUACCCGCCCGGCUUCAGCUACGCUGACUUCGGACCUCAGUUCACGGCGCGCUUCUUCCGGCCGGACCAGUGGGCUGAACUCUUUCAGGUUGCCGGGGCCAAGUAUGUGGUCCUGACCACAAAGCAUCACGAAGGCUUCACAAACUGGCCAAACUGGAACUCUAAGGACGUGGGGUCCCUUCGGGAUUUGGUCGGUGAGUUGGGAGCUGCUGUUCGGAAGAGGAACAUACGCCACGACCUGGACCCCUCGCUCUUGGAGUGGUUUUAUCCAUUCUACCUACUCGACAAGAAAAACGGUUUCCAAACUCAGCAUUUUGUCAGCGCGAAAACAACGCCAGAGCUGUACGACCUUGUUAUGAACCAGGCGAUAGUGAAUGACCCGUGGAGUCAGAACUGCUCGUGUCAUCAUGGAGGAUACUACAACUGUCAGGAUAAAUAUGCUCACAGAGCUUGCCAAACCAGGAAUGGGAGACAGAUGUGCACCAGCAUGGGCAGGGCAUCUUGGGGCUAUCGCCGUGACUUGACCAUGUCUACCAUUGCCAAUGAGAAUGAGAUCAUUGAGGAAUUGGUUCAGACAGUAAGUUUGGGAGGCAACUAUCUUCUCAACAUUGAACCAACUAAAGAUGGACUGAUCGUUCCCAUCUUCCAAGAAAGGCUUCUUGUUGUUGGCAUGUGGCUGCAGAUCAGCGGGGAGGCCAUCUAUGCCUCCCAGCCCUGGAGAGUGCAGUCUGGAAAGAAGACAGUUGUGUGGUACACCCCUAAAGACUCACCUGUUUAUGCUACCUUUCUGUACUGGCCAGAAAAUGGAAUCCUCAAAUCCCCUGAAACGACCUUGGCCACAAAUACAACAAUGCUAGGAAUGGAAGGAUAUUUGACCUGGACCCAAGAUCCCCAGGGGAUCCUCAUCUCUCUGCCCCCAUUGCCACCUACCGCUCUCCCAGUGGAGUUUGCUUGGACUCUAAAGCUAACGAGCAUGGAGCGAUUGUCUGCAGACCGCCAUCUCUCCGGUGCUGCAGCUGUAGGUAUGUCCCUUACACCAACCAUUACACCCAGCUCCAGGUCACUUCUGAACAUGACAUUGGAGAAGUCUAUGGGACAUGCAAGUGGAUAUGUUCAGUUGGGUACUGGAGAAAGUUCUGUGUUGUGUGGCAACCCCAGAAAGCAGAGGCAUCGCAACCAGCUUCCCACAGACUCUGCCCUUCUUCCCACUAGAAAUAGGGAAGGGAAGUUGCUAAGAACCACAGAGGAAGAAAGAGGAUGA